AAUAAAAAUAUAAAAGAAUCUUCUGAUGUCUCUUCAAGUCUUUGCCUCAAAAUCAAUAGUCUUCUCUCUCUCUCUCGUCCAUCAACGCUUCCAGAUUACAUCUCCACCACCAUAUUGGCUUGACUGUCGCUCUGAGAGAUCCUCUCUCUCUUUAACUUUGACUUUUUGAGAAGAUGAGAGAGGAAGAUUCCAACUGGUUUGCUAAAUGGGAAGAAGAGCUUCCAUCGCCGGAGGAGCUCAUACCGUUAUCUCAGUCACUCAUCACUCCCGAUCUCGCCAUCGCCUUCGAUCUCCGAACUCCUAACCAAAAUUCCGGUCAACCUCAGCCUCAUCAAACCACGCCGCCGCAGCAAACCAACUCCUCGGCAGAGUUCGCAGCAGAUUCCACCGGAGACGAGCCGGCCAGGACUCUCAAACGGCCGCGUCUGGUGUGGACGCCGCAGCUCCACAAGCGCUUCGUGGACGCCGUGGCGCAUCUCGGGAUCAAGAACGCGGUUCCCAAAACCAUCAUGCAGCUCAUGAGCGUCGACGGGCUAACCAGAGAGAACGUCGCUAGCCAUCUUCAGAAGUACCGGCUCUACCUCAAGAGGAUGCAAUCCGGCGGAGGCGGCGGCGGAGGAAGCGUCGGCGACUCGGAUCAUCUCUUCGCGAGCUCGCCUGUUCCUACGCAUUUCCUUCAUCCGACGGCUAGACAGAGCUCCGACCAUUUCAUCCCUUCUUUCGUCCCUAUCGCGGCUCUUCAGCAUCAGCAUCGCCAGCAGCAACCGCCGCCUCAGUUCCUCCACCGGCAAAUCUCCGCCGUGAAUUUCACAUCUCAGGGUAAUAACAGCGGGAAAGCGAUGGACCAGUCGUUGUUCUUGGCUAGGCAGAGUCAGCAGCAGCAGCAACAAGUUACAGCCAGACCAUCUUCGUUGCAUUUGCAUAGCCAAGUGGCUAACUAUGCAGAUGAUCUGGAACAAGGAGCCAACACGGUCUUGACUUUGUUUCCAACUCGAGAAAAUUGAAUAAAACAAAAAAAAAACUAUUUUAUAUAUUUGGAACAUCCACAAAAUUUGAGUUGUAUGGUGUCUUUGUUAUGUACAAUGUGGAUCCGGUUCAUUACAAGUCUCUGUGACCCGGAUCUUGUAGUAUUAAGACAUGAGUUUUCUCUGUAUAAUUGGAUGAAACAAAGUGAUCUUUUUCACUUGUUUAGAUUUGAUUAUACAAGUACUUUAAUGUAUGCUAUUUUGCUUUUUUA